AUGUCGGGAUUAAAAACUGCGGCCUUCCUGCUCGCUUUCCUGGCUUCCGUUGCUCUCGGUCAAGAAUUGAGAAGAGCGAGUGCAUCAGUCAGGAACAGAAGAGCGACACCAAAGAGUUUUACAGACACUCGCAUGACAGGUCUGACAGAGUGGACAUCUUGGUUUAACAUUGACCACCCCGGGGGAAACGGGGACUACGAGCGCCUCGAGGCCAUCCGCUUCUACUACCGGGAAAGGGUUUGCUCGAGGCCCACGGCGAUGGAGGUUCGCACCACGGACUGGGUGGCGGCGGCAGACACGGGAGAAGUGGUCCACUCCAGUCUGGAGAAGGGCUUCUGGUGCAUCAACAAGGAGCAACCCUACGGGCGAACCUGCUCCAACUACCACGUCCGAUUUCAGUGCCCACCAGAGCAAAGUUUCUGGAGCGAAUGGGGCGAGUGGGGUCCGUGCUCGACAACCGUUUGCAACGACGUCGGCAUCCAGGUCCGGCAGAGGAAGUGCAUGAGCUCGCAGCCGAUGCCUUUGGUCUUGGUUCCUGCCUGCCAGGGCCACCAUUCAGAGAGGAAGGAGUGCUCCAACCCUCCAUGCACGGCCAAGUGGAGUCCGUGGGGCCCUUGGGCGUCUUGUUCCGUGACAUGCGGCGGGGGUCGGAGGAUCCGAAGGAGGACUUGCAUGAGGACCUCGGAGACGGUCGAGUGCACCGGACGUCCUGCUGAAACUCAGAAAUGUGGCAAGAAUCCAUGUCCAGCCAAAUGUCAACGCGUGUGCGCCGAGGGUCGCCCUGACGACGACUGCAGCCGCUGCGUGUGCGACGGCCACGUUCUUCACGGCGACGUCCACAGUGUGACGGGGGUCCCUGUGGCGGGGGCUUUGGUCGCAUUCGCUAGCCGUCCCAAAGUCAUUCGUGCUCGGACGGAUCCGAAAGGCCACUUCAGGCUGAAGGGAAUCUGCUCGUCCAAUGUCACUUCGCUCAUUGUCAGGAAGGACAAGUUUGCCCCCGUCACCGUCUCCUCCACCAGUAACAGCACAGGCCUGUCUUGGGUGUCGGCUGUCCUCAGAUCUGCUGAGAAGCCCUACAUGGUGAAGCACCCCGAGGACAAGGUGCGUUACGAGGGCGGCCGCGCGCUGCUCUGUUGCAAGGCAACGGGAUCGCCACCGCCUGACAAAUACUACUGGUACCACAAUGGUACUCUGCUGGACAGAAAGGUGUACAAGUACCAAGAGGAGCUUGUACUGAAGGACCUGAAACCAGAGCAGGCUGGACAGUAUUAUUGCAAAACCAGCAGCUCUGCAGGCAGUAUUAAGUCUUCCCCAGCAUCCCUCACUGUCAUUGAAAAAGGAGCUCCGGCGUGCAAUUCCACUCCUGAGGCACAUCUGAUCAGACUGCCGCUGGAUUGCGUACAACCUGGGACGAACUCCAAGUUUUACAACGCCGGCCGCUGCCCUCAUAACAAAUGCGCUGGCUCUCUAGACUUCGAUAUGCGCUGCAGAGAUGGAGCCGGGUUCUGUUGCGGUGUCCAAGCGAUGGAAAGUCGGGCAAUUGACUGUGGCAGCUACAGCCUCCCAAUCCGGUCUGUGUCUGAGUGCAGCUGUCAGAAAUGUGUGCAGCCAACUGUGCUGGUGCGUGGACGGGUGGUCACGGCUGACAACGGCGAGCCACUGCGAUUUGGUCACAUCUACAUCGGCAAAGAGAGGGUGGGCACCACCGGAUACCAAGGAGGUUUCACCAUACAAGUUACUCCCGACACGCAGAGAUUGGUGGUGAAUUUUGUUGACCCCACUGAGAAAUUCAUUGACACUCCGAAGGUGUUCAUUUUGGACAAGAAGGGCGGAUCCAUUUACCACGAGGUGAAGGUGAUGAGGAAGCAGGCUCCGAUUGAUAUCGAAGCAGGCGAGACCAAUGCUAUAAACCUGGGGGAAAUAGAAGGGGAAGACCCGAUUGGGCAGUUAGUCAUUCCAGCCAAUUCCUUUCACAAAGACAGUGGCGAAAUCUAUGAGGGAACUGUAAAAGCCAGUGUCACUUUCAUAGACCCAAGAAAUAUCACCACGGCUUCUGCAACCCCCGGCGACCUCAACUUUGUGGAUACCGAGGGGGACAUGCUCCCUUUGAGGACCUACGGCAUGUUCUCGGUCGACUUCCGUGACGAGAGCAACAAGGAGGUGCUUGGAGCCGGAGCGGUCCAAGUCCUUCUCGACACGCAGCAUGUCAAAAUGCAAGAGCACAUUCCUAAAAUGAAACUGUGGUCUUUGAAUCCCGACACAGGAGUUUGGGAGGAGGAAGGCGACUUCUCUACCACGACGACUACAAGUGGGCACGGGCGGAGCAAGCGUGAGGAGCGCACCUUCCUCAUAGGCAACAUGGAGAUCAGAGAACGUAGACUCUUCAAUUUGGAUGUGCCUGAAAACAGACGGUGCUAUGUGAAAGUCCGUGCCUACAUGAGUGACAAGUUCCUGCCUGUUGAACAGCUGGAAGGGGUUGUGAUCAGCUUGAUAAACCUUGAACCCAAGCCUGGAUAUUCCUCAAAUCCGAGGGCAUGGGGUCGGUUUGACAGCGUCAUAACCGGUCCCAACGGGGCCUGUUUACCGGCGUUCUGCGAUGCCCAGAGGCCUGAUGCCUAUACAGCAUAUGUAACAGCGAUGAUGGGUGGUGAGGAACUGGAGGCUGCUCCCUCCUCCCCAAAGAUGAAUCCAAAUAUUAUCGGGGUGUCUCAGCCUUAUCUGGAUAAAAUAGACUACCAGCGCUCAGACCAUGAAGAUCCAGCUCUGAAGAAAACCGCCUUCAGAAUCAAUCUAGCAAAGCCUAACCAAAAUAAUCUCGAUGAGACUAAUGGACCCAUAUAUCCAUAUCAGAAUUUAAUAGCAUGUGAAAAUGCUCCAGUCGAUGCAAAUCAUUUCAGAUUCUUUAGGGUGGAAAAAGACAAAUAUGAAUACAACGUUGUACCCUUUGAAGAGACUGAUCUGACAACCUGGACAGGGGACUACUUAUCAUGGUGGCCUAACCCUCAGGAGUUCAGAGCAUGCUUCAUCAAGGUUAAGGUGCACGGACCAAAGGAAGUGAUGGUCAGGUCGAGAAACUUGGGAGGAUCACACCCACAGACGAAAGGCCAACUUUAUGGCAUCCGAGAUAUACGCAGCACUCGGGAUAUGCGAGAGGCCAACACUUCCGCAGCUUGUGUUGAGUUCAAAUGCAGCGGUAUGUUGUUUGAUCAAGCUGAGGUGGAUAGAUCCCUCAUCUCGAUCAUUCCACAAGGGAACUGUCGCAAGAUCGCUACCAACAACCUUCUACAGGAGUACCUCAUCAAACACCCGCCAGUUGCACAAAACAACGACUCCCAUGCUUUCACCAUGUUGGCUCCUGUGGAUCCUCUGGGACACAAUUAUGGCAUAUACACAGUCACAGACCAGAAUCCGAGGGUUGCUAAAGAAAUCGCCAUCGGCCGCUGCUUUGAUGGGACCUCGGACGGUUUCUCCAGAGAGAUGAAGACGGACUCGGGAGUCGCUUUGACCUUCAGCUGUCCAGAGAGGAAAAUCAACAGAGAGAGCCUCUUCCAGCGACUGCAGACCAACCCAGGACAGACACUGUCACAGAUGGCGAGGGACAUGAGGGAGAUGGAAGGCAUGCAGGUGCAGAGGUCAUCCACUCGAGUGGUGGCCUAUCCCUCCGAGCAACAGGGCUGGACCCAGGGUCGUAGGGUUGUCACUACAACAAGCAGGAGGAGAACGGCUGUGCGCACACAGCAACGCCAAUGAUGGAGUCUAGAGACCUUCACUUGAGGCUACUCACGUUGUGGAAGUAAAACCUGACAUUCUGCUGAAGGAACUUCCUCUCCACUGUGGAAAUUACCAAACUCAGACAAACAGCAAAAUGGUUGAGCCUGGCAGAAGAUAUCCAAUAAUCGUAUACUGACUUGAAAGGUUUGCUAUAUUAUUUUUUUUCCCCCCAUCCCUUCUGAAAGACUUCCAUCUAUAUGAAAAGUAAUAACUGGCGUGUAUCUACAGGUUCUGGUCACAUUUUAUGUCUGUAAGUUGUAUUUGACUUUUGAGAAUGUACAUUUUAUAGGUUUCAUUUGUGGUAUUCGG